GCACCCACUUAAAUAUGUAUAUAUAUAUGUAUAUAUAUACAAUUAAAAUUAUGACUCGAGCCAUCUUCACCUGAGAAUUAACCAAGCCAAAAAUGGAAGGCUUAACACUGAUAGUAGUGGUGAUGUCAAGCUUAAUGUUGGGAGUGAAAGGUCAGCAGAUAAUUAGCACCCCAUGCACCUCCUCCAUGAUCUCUACCUUCACUCCAUGUCUCAACUUCAUCACCGGAAGCAGCGGCGGCUCCGUCACUCCCACUGCCGGCUGCUGCGACUCCUUGAAGUCGUUGACCAACACUGGCAUGGAAUGUGCUUGCCUCAUCCUCACCGCUAAUGUCCCGCUGCCUACUGGCUUCAUCAAUCGGACUCUCUCGCUUGCUCUCCCUCGUGCCUGCAAAAUGAGCGGUGUACCUGUUCAGUGUCAAGCGGCGGGGACUCCUCUGCCAGCGCCAGGUCCGGUUCCAUUUUUGCUGGCUCCACCACCGCCUAUGUCUGCUUUUAGCCCCGGCUCGUCCAAGGCGGCGGCGACAGCACCGGCGCUGGCGCCGGAUGCUCCUGCGGAUGGACCGAUGGGCCCCACAGCCACACCAAGAAUUCGACCGGUGGUUCAGCCCUCGCAACCCACCAGCCUCGCUCAAUAUUCUACUUCUCCAUUUCUUCCCUUGCUUUUCUCUCUCUUGGCUCUUCUCACUUUGUUGACUUUGUAAGCCAUUCGGCGCGUCUCCAUAUUCAAAAUUGUUACCCUUAUGUAUCUGUGUUGCCAUGUACUUUUAUUACGAUUCAUCGUCACAUAUUAUUCGCUAUUUCAUCUCAAGUUUUACGUAACUCCCUCAUUUUUUAAUUUGUCAAUAACAAAAACAUCUAUCGAGGCC